CUUUAACUCUCCAUAUAUUUUCAGAAGAAAAUUAUGAUGAUGAACUACCGACAAUGUCUUAUUCACCUUCAUUGAAUGCAGGUUGGACUUUAACAGGAAAAGAUAUUGAUGGAAUAAAAACAUCAAGUCAUAAUCAUCAUCAACAACAAAGUGAACAGGCUUCACCAUCAGAAGAUACCUUUUCAACACCUGAUCUAGGAAGCGGAAGUGGAAGUAGUAACGGUACCCCUUCUCCUUUCACUCCGACAAGAAAUCCGUACACUAGCUUAAGAGCAUACAAUUCGGGUAAAUCACCAAAGAUUGAAGGGGUCAUGGCUGCUCGUGAUCGUCCAGUGUUCAAACAGGAACAACAUGGUCGUUCAAUCUCGACAAGUUCAAGUGAAAGUGGUUCAAGCGGCUCUUUGACUUCAAAAGCUGCUAGAAGUGCAAGAAAUAAUGGUCCACCGCCUUCUGCUGCCAGGCGACAACUCAUGCCAACUAUACCAACAAGAAAGACUUCUUCCAAUACAUUAGGCAGCAAUAGUGGAAAAGACUCUGCUUCUACUACACCACAGCAAUCUCCCAAUCUUGGUAAUCAAACAAACAUUCAAAGCCUUGCUCAAGCAAUCGCAGCUCGUGCACAACAUGUAGCAGCCGCAAAAGCUGCUCUACGUCAGCAAGAACAUCAAAAGGCAAAGGAAGAGCCUUUGCAAGAUUCUAGCAACGUAUAUGCUACCAAUGAGACUGCAUCCGGAUUACAGCCACCGUUAGGUCCGCACGAUCGUGGUUCGAUUGUGUCCGUUGCAACAGCCGCAAGUGAUUAUGGAGAUGCUGAGAGUGAUGCGGAAAAUACUGAAGACGUUCCUCUGAAAAGAACCCGAACAGAUCGCGCAGAUGUCGUUCAAAGCUUUCGAUGGAGUCAAGGUGAUUGGGCGGACUAUGCUGCAGCUCUUUCCGAUCAGAUUGAUGUUGGGGCAACACCGACCGAUCAAGAUCAUCAACCACACGAAGGAACUUUGGUCGCUGCUCCUACGCUAGAUACUAUUGCAUCGUCACGAUCAAUCACACAAACAGCUCCUCUAUCCGGAUUGGGUAUCGGAGGUGCAGAGCUGCCUGCAACGGCAUCUGUUGUAGCAACACCACAAAGCGUAUCCGGUGGAAGCGGUGAUGCCCUUACACCCAAAGGUGUCCCAUCACCUGCUAAUAGCGAAGGCAUCCUUAACAAUCCAUUAUUUGCUCAAUUUCAAAGCAAAUCACCAAAUGCCUUUACCACUUCACAGUCUCUUGGCGUUCUUCCUUCAGCGACUGGCUUUCCUACAACUCCUUCUAUGGAUAGCAUUCCAAGUGCGGCCACAACGCCUGAUGGGAAACCAGUUUCGAAGCGUAAAGCCCGACCGAUCCCACUCUCUCUGCAUAACAUUUCUACCUCUACUUCUUCUCCUGCAAUGCGUUCGCCGUCUGCCUCACGUUCUUUAGCUAGUCCAUCGAUGGGUGGCAGAACUCCUCCUCCAACAAUGCCCCCGACAGAGCCUCUGCCGCCUUUGCCUGAACAAUCGACAAUCUUGCAAAAGAUAUGGUCUGCGGAAAGCAAUCCUUCGAUAUCGAAUGCAAAUAAUAAGCUACAAAAUAUCGUUGUUGAUGAUAUCGAAGCUCUUUCUUCUCCGAGAAGAUUUAUUGGCGAUGAUGAUAAUCGUUCUCCCAAGAGAUCUUCCGAUCCAAGCGAUCAAAUGUCGCAAUUUAUGCGUCUCAAAGAAGAAGGACAAGGAAUGGCAAACGGUGAGCAUAUACCGAGGAACAACAGCAUGCGAGUCGUUUCAAAUUCGUCCAGUCUUACUGAUGAUGUACAACCAGAUCCCAAGACGUCAUUUGCAUCAUCGAUUUCUAUGCCAGCAAUCACUCCAGCACGUUUGUCGGCCACUUCAGUUGCUCUUGUACGUGCUAAUCAAGAAUCAACCAGAGCAGGAACAGAUUAUGCUCAGGCUAUAUUGGAUCAAGUGCAAAGAGAGCCCACGUAUGAUGAAUUACAAAAGCGUGGAACUGAAGUAAAGACAAGCACAGCAGACAAAGCUCACGUUGCCAACAGUGAAACGGAAGAAGAGGAAGAUUUGAAAGAAGGUAGCGAGGAUGAAGAGGAAGAAGAAGCAGAAGAAGCGGUAGUGACACGUGUUACCACAACGGUAAAAGGAGCCCGAGCUUCACUUUCGCGGGCGCCGUCAAUGGUCCGAAGAGAUUCGGCAAAUUCCAUUACGAAUUCUUUGAGAACGACUGGUUCCGCAGCCGCUGCAUCUGCAGCACUUACGCAAAGAAGAGGUUCUUCUGAACCAGAACAAAUUACACCACCUAUUCAACCACAAGGUCAACAAUCCAAUUCAACGUCACCUGGUGCAAAUAAUAUUGUGACUAGAAUGCGAGCGAUGAUCGAAGCAAGAAAUGGUGUCACACCUUCAUCUUCUCAAAUCUCGACGCCUAAAUUGAUCGCGACUUCUCCUUCGACCGAAACUUUGACGAUGAAUGACGGCGAAGAGAAGAAAGAUGAUGAGCGACCAAAAACACUUGCAGAACGCAGACGACCGUCUGCAGGUGGACCACCAAGUGCAUGGACCGGCACUGUGUCUACUGCUGCAAAUGGAACAUCUUCACGUCCUUCUGUUAAUAUGGCAACGCAACCACAAACGGUUUCGAUCACAAAUCCACCUUCGAUGAAGAUUGAUAUCAAAGAUGUUCCGGCAAAUUCAGCAUCAGCUUCUGUUGUCAAUACACCUUCAGUCGCUUCUGUACGAUCACCAUCAGCGACGAGCGUUCAAGGACAAACGGGUACAUGGACACCAACAGCACUAGAUACACCAAUUUCGAUCGGGGGAGGAGCAGGGAUUUUGGGUGGAUAUGAAAAUCCAAAUGCUCCUCUUACCAACAGUAAUGGCUAUCAAGCCCAACGGACGCACUCGGGCUUGCAAAGCAGAAGAAGUGAAAUGGGAGAAGGUUCUGACAGUCCGAUUGAGCGGAUCAAGAGGACGGAGGACAGAUUUGUUGGUGCGUUCGGUGAAAUUGCUUUGGCUUUCAAACAAUUGCAAGCCGAAAAGCGAACAUUGGAAAAGAUUAUUCGUGCUACCACGCCAUUGGAUGGAUUGGGCAACAAUGGUGAAUCAUUGGCAGAAUACUUGACAGUAAUGAGUGCCAAGCUGGACGUAUCAACGAAUGAGAUCAAGAAAUUGUUGGAUCUUUUGGAUCAACAGAGAAGUGUGAUGGACUAUAUGGUCGAUACCCAUAAGCUUGAAAUGGAAUCUCAUCAGGCGGAAAUGGAAGAUUUGAAGGAUGACUUUGAUGCAGUUUGCGAAGAAGCGGAUACGCACCGCGAUAAUGCUAUCCAAUUGACGGAAGAAUUGGACAAAGCACAUCAUAAUGCAAUCCUGGCCAGAGCAGAAACGUUACGGUACAAGACACAACACGAUGAAGCAGUCUCUCGCAAGGACAAGAGUAUUCGUCUAUUACAAAAAGCAAGAGAAGACAUCUCAAGGUUGAAGGGUGAAAAAGGUAAAGAACUUGAAGGAUCUUCAAGUAAUGAUCAAAGUGUAGGAGAAUUUUCGACGGAUAUUGGAUCGGUGGAUGAUAUUUCUGACGCAACUCGACCUGAAUCUAGAAUUGCUGCAUUGGAGAAAGAGCUUGCUGAAGUAAAGGCUCUCAACGCUCAGUUGCAAAGCGGUGAACGUAAAGAUUCUUCCGAGCGUGAAAGUCCACCAAGUAGAUCGAUCAUCUCACCUGCACAGAUGAGUGAAAUGGAAGAUAUCGAACGUGAACGUGAUGCAUUGCGUGAAAAGUCAUUCCAGCAAGAGAAAGACAUUUCUGAAUUGAGAGCACAAAUUGCGCUUUCUGGCGGUCAUUCAACCGAUGACAAGCUCAUCAACUCAUUGCCUGCAGCUCGUGAAGAUCAAGUACGAUUGUUAAUGCAACAAAUGUCCGAACAACGGUCGAGAGAGGCACAAAUCAGAAAGGCUUACAGACAAUUACGUGAUGAUUUACGAAAAAUGCAAAAUGUUCAACAACAUGACCGAAAGAGAACGCAAGCGGGUUACAGUUUGUUGUCCACAAACCCAACCUACGUCAGCGCUACGCAAACAAUCAAUCCGGCUGUGUCUUCCAUCGAUAGCUCCAAUUUGAGAUCAGACGGGACAUUGGACACAUCACUAGAAAGCGGGCCUACGCCACGACAUUUGAAACGAUUAAGUUUGCCGAUUGCAAACAAAAUGGUACCACCACCGCUUUCAUCGCCAGGAUUGAAAGAUGGUGCACAAUCAACACUUGGACAUGGCAUGAAUGACGAAGCUUCAAAUUUCAAGCAAGCACGUCCGAUGAGUACGGUGACAGGAGGAGGAAUGGCACCUAUAUUCUCAUCAAAUCGAAGAAGUUCAAGGACGUUUUCUGUUGACUUCUCUUCAGGCGUUUUGCCAGUUUCAUCGGCCAGACGGGGCAAUGCAGGUGGCGGUGGAAUUCUGCGGAAUGCUGAAACGGCAAGCAACGCCGGAUCUGAACAAUCGACUGAUGAAAGUCCGCGAAUGAAAGCGCAUCGAAAAUUGUUUGGUGAAAAUUCACAAAGGGAAAGUCUCGAGAAUACACACACGGUUGGCGAUAGUGGAUCCCAUCAAUCUACCCAGCAAACAGUACAGGAUGAGGAGGAAAAAUUGGAAAUCCUACAAACACCCCGACAAAAUAGUGUGAGAGUUGCGGGAUCGUAGACGAUAAUUUUGUAGAUGUAUACAUGUGGCUUUCUUUAAUUGAAAUAUGCAGUUUGCAUGCAAUCCGGUGC